UGCAACCUUGGAGAGCCGCUGCCAGUCACUGUAGGCAAUGCUGAGCUAGGUGGACCAGUGGACGAAUGAGACAGUUUCCUCCCUUCUUGUGAGGGCAGGGCACUCUGCACAUAGGGACAUAGGAAGCUGCCAUACCAGGUCAGACCAUCUAGCUCAGUCUUGUCUACACUGACUGCCAGCGACUUCUCCGAGGUUUCCGGCAGGAGUCUCUCCCAUCCUUCUUGGAGAUGCUGCCAGGGAGUGAACCUGGGGCCUUUUGCAUGCAAAGCAGAUGCUUUCCUCCUGAGCCAUGGCCCCAUCCCCUAAGGGGAAGAUCUCCCAGCGCUCAUAUUUCAUCACCCAUCCAAAUGUAAACCCAGGCAAACCGUGCUUUCCAAGGGGGACAGUUCAUGCUUGCUGCCUCAAGGCAUGUCCUCCACCCCAAAUGCACCUUGUACUCUAGCCAGGCUGCCCUAGUCGGCCAAGCCCUGAUUCUGGGCAGAACAACUGACAUAGUGACUCCAGGCAACAUAGCUCAGGGCUAGGCUUGGCACUAGCUGAGGAGGCAGGAAGGGAGAUUGAAGCGGGCAAGGAACAGGGGGAGUUGGUUCUUAGGGGUCGCAGUGGCCCCAGUCCUCUUGCUGCUGUUGAAUUUAUGCCUCUGUUUGUCUUUGCUUAUAUGUCGUGUGCUCUGUUGCUUCAUCAUCAUCAUCAUCAUCGUUGUCGACAUUAUCCUCAUCCUCACCUCUUUCAUCUCCUCCUUCAUCAUCAUCAUCAUCAUCAUCAUCAUCACCACCACCACUAGAAAGUGGCCAAGGCCAAGGCCACUGCCAAACCCAAAGCGAAGCAGCCCCAGAAACGCCAGUUAAUGGGCACAUCGCCCACGUACGCCAAGACAGGGGCCAAAAAUGGGAAGUACCCCACUAACUCGAAAUACCCUGGCAAUGGGAAGUCCCCCACCGGUGGGAAGUCUCCCGGCAACGGGAAGUCCUCAGGCAACGGGAAGUCCUACAGCGGUGGCAGUGCCAGUGCUAAGGCGAAAUCAGGGAGCAAAUCCUCAACUGCGAAAAACUCCCUGGGCAAAACAGGGAGCCAGGCGUACGCCGGCGCGGGUGGAGUCCGGAAGCCGGGGAACAGCUACCAGCAGGAUGUGGGUCUGCUCCCCACAGAAGAGCCCUGGGGGGCUCAUGAAUACCCUGACUACACCCUGCCUCCUGAGGUUGAUGGCACUUACUGGGAAGAGAACCCCACGGGGGAGGUAUCCCCUGCUGCACCCUCAUCACCACAGGUAGAGGAGGAAGUGCCCAGCUCACGUCCCACUGCGGAGGAAGUGUUCACAGAAGAGGAGGUGCCCAGUGUGGGGAUGGAGUAUGAAUACGCCUAUAAGAACUAUGACGAGGGGGCUGAGCCGUCGGAGCUGGGCCCGGUGCUCUCGGCUGAGGUUCCCCACAUUGGUGGUGCGGUGCGCGGAGCCAGAGGCUACAAAGGAGAGAAAGGGGAGCCCGCUGUCAUUGAACCGGGGAUGUUGGUGGAGGGCCCUCCCGGCCCAGAAGGACCUCCGGGCAUCAGUGGGCCACCAGGCACUCAGGGACCUCCCGGACCUCCUGGUGACUCUGGGGAGAGGGGUCCCCCAGGACGUGCUGGCCUCCCUGGGUCAGAUGGUGCACCCGGCCCCCCUGGCACUUCCAUGAUGCUUCCGUUCCGCUUUGGGAGCAGCGGCGGUGAUAAGGGGCCGGUCGUGGCAGCCCAAGAAGCCCAAGCCCAAGCCAUCCUGCAGCAAGCCCGGCUGGCCUUGCGUGGCCCUCCAGGACCGAUGGGGUACACAGGCCGCCCUGGGCCUUUGGGUCAGCCCGGCAGUCCUGGCUUGAAGGGAGAGCACGGAGACUUCGGUCCUCAGGGGCCACGGGGACCACAAGGCCUGACUGGCCCACCAGGAAAAUCGGGCCGGCGGGGUCGUGCUGGUGCUGAUGGAGCGCGAGGAAUGCCCGGGGAAUCUGGCGCCAAGGGUGACCGUGGGUUUGACGGACUCCCUGGCCUCCCGGGGGAUAAGGGACUCAGGGGUGAAAGUGGCUCUCAAGGCAUGCCUGGCCCCCAUGGAGAAGAUGGCGAGAGGGGAGAUGAUGGCGAAGUUGGACCACGUGGGCUUCCUGGAGAACCGGGACCCAGAGGUUUGCUUGGCCCCAAGGGGCCUCCAGGAAUCCCAGGACCCCCGGGUGUGCGCGGCAUGGACGGGCCACAUGGGCCGAAGGGGAAUCUGGGACCACAGGGAGAGCCAGGCCCCCCCGGUCAGCAGGGGGCUCCAGGAACUCAGGGAUUGCCUGGACCGCAAGGUGCUAUGGGGCCUCAUGGGGAAAAGGGCCCCAGGGGGAAACCUGGCCUGCCUGGGAUGCCCGGCUCUGAUGGUCCUCCUGGCCACCCUGGCAAAGAGGGUUACGCUGGCACCAAAGGAAACCAGGGCCCUUCCGGUCCGCAAGGCCCGAUUGGCUACCCGGGCCCUCGUGGUGGAAAGGGAGUUGACGGCAUCCGUGGCUUGAAAGGUCACAAGGGCGAGAAAGGGGAAGAAGGAUUCCCUGGCUUCAAGGGUGACAUGGGGGUGAAAGGCGACCGGGGGGAAGUUGGUGUCCCAGGAUCCCGAGGCGAGGAUGGUCCAGAAGGCCCCAAAGGCCGGACAGGCCCACCGGGAGACUCAGGGCCCCUUGGGCUUGUAGGAGAGAAGGGAAAGCUGGGCGUGCCAGGACUGCCUGGAUAUCCAGGGAGGCUGGGCCCCAAGGGCUCACAAGGUUUCCCUGGAUUCCCUGGGACCAAUGGCGAGAAGGGCGGGCGGGGUCUCUCUGGAAAGUUAGGACCCCGAGGAGAGCGUGGCCCCACGGGUCCCAGAGGCCAGCGUGGGCCACGAGGAGCCACAGGGAAGGCAGGAGCAAAGGGCACCUCUGGCAGUGAAGGACCAGCUGGACCCCCGGGUGAGCGGGGGCUACCAGGACCACAAGGGUCAAAUGGCUUCCCUGGACCCAAAGGACCCCCGGGCCCCGGUGGGAAGGACGGGCUCCCUGGCCAUCCUGGACAGCGAGGAGAAGUUGGAUUCCAAGGCAAAGCUGGGCCACCCGGAGGCCCAGGAGUUGUAGGACCCCAGGGCUCAGCAGGAGAAACAGGCCCCAUGGGGGAGAGAGGGCACCCGGGCCCACCUGGACCACCUGGGGAGCAAGGCCUGUCAGGACCAUCUGGAAAAGAAGGCACAAAGGGUGACCCUGGCCCCACUGGAGGCCCAGGAAAAGAUGGCCCAGCUGGACUGCGAGGUUUCCCUGGAGAACGUGGACUGCCCGGCACUGCUGGUGGCCCUGGAUUGAAAGGCAACGAGGGGCCAGCUGGGCCCCCAGGACCAGCCGGAUCUCCAGGGGAGAGGGGGGCAUCUGGCUCAGGAGGCCCCAUUGGACCCCCAGGGAGGCCUGGGCCACAAGGACCACCUGGCCCUGCUGGGGAGAAGGGUGUGCCUGGUGAGAAAGGCCCCAUUGGCCCCGCUGGCCGUGAUGGCGUCCAGGGCCCUGUCGGUUUGCCUGGCCCUGCUGGUCCCCCCGGGGGCCCAGGUGAGGAUGGCGAUAAGGGUGAAGUGGGAGAUCCGGGGCAGAAGGGCAGCAAAGGUGGAAAAGGGGAGCAUGGGCCACCGGGGCCUCCUGGGCCAUUGGGUCCUCUCGGGCAACCAGGAGCUGCGGGUGCUGAUGGAGAACCUGGAGCGAGGGGUCCCCAAGGCCACUUUGGGGCAAAGGGAGAUGAGGGGACGCGAGGCUUCAAUGGGCCUCCUGGGCCGAUCGGCUUGCAGGGUCUGCCAGGACCAUCUGGGGAAAAGGGAGAGACUGGAGACGUGGGUCCCAUGGGACCCCCGGGACCCCCAGGACCCCGAGGCCCAGCUGGACCUUCUGGAGCUGAUGGACCACAAGGCCCCCCAGGAGGCAUUGGAAACCUGGGCCCCCCAGGACAGAAGGGCGAGCCGGGUGAACAGGGUGGACCUGGGGUAACCGGAGAGCCAGGUGGCAAGGGCCCACGGGGUGAAAGAGGAGAGAAAGGAGAAGCUGGUGCUGCUGGCACAGCAGGGCCCCCUGGUGGAAAGGGGCCCCCCGGAGAUGAUGGACCCAAAGGCAACCCUGGGCCGGUUGGUUUCCCUGGAGAUCCAGGCCCCCCAGGUGAAAUGGGACCCCGGGGCCAAGAUGGAGCCAAAGGUGACCGGGGAGAAGAUGGUGAACCAGGAGAAGCGGGUUCUCCAGGUCCAACUGGUGAGAAUGGCCCUCCUGGUCCCCUGGGGAAGAGGGGCCCAGCUGGCACUCCAGGCCCCGAGGGGCGGCAGGGGGAGAAAGGUGCCAAGGGAGAGCCAGGUUCACUUGGAGCCCCCGGGAAGACUGGGCCGGUGGGGCCUCAGGGGUCACCAGGGAAGCCAGGAACAGAUGGCCUGAGGGGCAUCCCUGGAUCAGUUGGUGCACAAGGCAAACCAGGGAAAACAGGCCAGGCUGGGCCUCCAGGACCAGUGGGGCCCCCCGGCUUGCCUGGCUUGCGAGGUGACUCCGGACCCAAAGGAGAGAAGGGCCACCCUGGUCUCAUUGGCUUGAUCGGACCCCCUGGGGAACAAGGGGAGAAAGGAGACCGCGGCCUGCCCGGCCCUCAAGGCAGCACAGGGCAGAAAGGAGAAACUGGAAUCCCUGGCCCGUCCGGCCCCCUAGGUCCAGCAGGCCCCCCCGGACUUCCCGGUCCAGCUGGCCCCCAAGGUGCUAAAGGAGCCACGGGUCAAGCAGGCCCUAAAGGUCAACGUGGAGUCCCUGGUGUCCCUGGAAACCCGGGUCCCCCCGGGGAAGUCAUCCAGCCGCUGCCCAUCCAGAGGCCCAAGAAGAACAAGCGCUCCCUUGACGGCAGCCAGCUCUGGCCGGAGGAGGAGGAGGCGGCCUCGGACGCGGCUGGCCACUCGCCCUCCGAGGGCAUGGAGGAGAUCUACGGCUCCCUCAACUCCCUGCGGCAGGAGAUCGAGCACAUGCGGAAGCCGCUGGGCACUCCGGACAGCCCCGCCCGCACCUGCCAGGACCUGCAGCUCUGCCACCCUGAACUACCUGAUGGCGAAUACUGGAUUGACCCGAACCAGGGCUGCUCACGGGAUUCCUUCAAGGUCUACUGUAACUUCACUGCUGGGGGCGAGACCUGUGUUUUCCCCAGCCAGGAGACCCGGGAGGUGAAGAUGGCUACGUGGGAGAAGGAGACGCCCCAAAGCUGGUUCAGCCAAUUCAAGAAAGGCAGCAAGUUCUUCUACGCGGACGCGGACGGCAACCCUCUGGGCGUGGUGCAGCUGACCUUCCUGCGGCUCCUCAGCGUCUCGGCCCGGCAGAACUUCACCUACCACUGCCAGCGCUCGGUGGCCUGGCACAGCCGCGACUCCGCCACUGGGGGCUACCAGCACGCCCUGCGCUUCCUGGGCUCCAACGAGGAGGACAUGAGCUAUGACAACAGCCCCUACAUCAAGGCCCUGGAGGACGGCUGCGCGACACGGAAGGGAUCUGAGAAGACCCUCCUGGAGGUGAACACGCCCCUCGUGGAGCAGCUACCCCUGCUGGACGUGUACGUGACGGACUUUGGAGAGCCCAACCAGAGGUUCGGGUUUGAGGUGGGACCGGUGUGCUUCCUCGGCUAGAACGGAGACCCUCAACCUAUUGCGCCCUCCCGUGGUCUCCAGUGGAACUGCUCUGCUUCCCCUCCGUCCGUCAUCCUGAGCAGUGAGUGAACGAGACUCCUCCUGCCUCCCCACCAGCAGCAGCGACGCACCACCGCCCAGGGGAGUGAAGGCGUGGAGACCAAGGGACGUUCCACCUGGAACUGCGGGGUGUGGCAGACCAAAGAGACUCUGAGAUUUGGAUCAAACCCAUCUUUGUUUUAUUGUGUGUAGAAAGAGAGAGAAAUCCCACUGCUCCCCCCCCCCGCCAAUACUCCCCCGCUUCUGCAGUGGCCAGUGGAUCUUGCAGCUGGAAACUCAGCCCCAUAGAAGUCAUUGCCCCCUUUCCACUUGCCUAGCACAAGAACAGCUUCCCAGACGUGCCCCCUCCCUUUCUGAUACACUCUCCCUACAAGCUUCAUUGUCCACUGAACCCACCACUAGAGCCGAUCCACAUUUAACUCCCAGAUUGCAUAGGUGUGACCCUCUCUGAAGGCAGUAUCCCACCACCCACCUAUUUGUUCAAAAAUAAAUCAAAACCAUCCGCUUUAAACGUCUCCCAGUUAUGAACCUCAGCUCCCCAAACUAGGCUUUGCCAAAGUCCAGGUCUCCCCCCACCCACACAUCUGCAGCUCCCUCCAAGCAGAACACCCCUUCCUUCCCCCCUGCAUCCCACACCCCCUCUAAUAUGGGUGCCCCACUGUCUGGGCCUCCGGGGCCCCUUGGCUUCCUUCUGUCCCUGUUCUCUCCACUGGGGGGAGCGGUUGCCUUCCCCCCUCCCUUUGCUGCACACCAGCAAGGGGCAGCCUCUUUCAGUAGCCACUUGCAGCUCAGCAAAAGCCUUCAGGUUUUUCAAGGCCAGGAGGAAUUACAGGGGCCACAUCUGGAAGCCCCCUCUUGCCACAUCUAUAGCCAGUGCAGAAGGGUCCAUUUCCUGGGAGAAAGGAUCCCUGGGUGUGCAGAGCCUCCCAAGUCCCUCCUGGCUCGGCUUUCAAGAAGGCCCUGUUGAACAGCAUGCUGGAAGCAGCCGUCUCAUAGGGACGUAGAAAGCUGCCUGAUACCGAAUCUGCCCCUUGGUCAUCGAGUUCAGUAUUGUCUACACUGACUGGCAGCGGCUCUCCGAGGUUUCAGGCAGGGGGCGUAUCUGGAGAUGCAGCCAGAGAUUGAAGCUGGGACCUUCUGCAUGCUGUGGGCAUUCAUUCAGCACUUCUAAUAGACCAGGCCAGUUAGUCCUUUGAGAAGAGAAGCCUGCUGCACUUCCGGAAGGGCUGAUUAGCACUGGGGUGGAUGACCUUUGGGGCAGAACUUGCCUUCUUCUGAUCUAGCACAGAGGCAGGAGUAACAGCUGGCCUCCCCGUGACCACCACCCAAUAACAACCGUGGGGUGAGCUCCAGACACUGUUUAAACACUCCUCCGCCCCAUUCAUUUUAAGCAAGUGCUUCAUUCAUUUGCAUUAAAAUCACUGGGGCUUUUUAAAAAGCAUUUACAUUUUGUCUGGAAAGGAGGUUCCUUUCGCACAAAACCACCAGACCCAUGAGCCAGUGGAAUUCACCUCAACACCCAUUCCAUCCCCACCCCCCAUUCCUGCCCCCUUUUGCAGCCUGCAAGGUUGCAGCACAUUUCAAGGUGUCCCUUUGCCCCACGAGCAAAGACAAUGGAAGGAAAACUGUGUGGUUUUUAUUUUGUUUUUAUAAAAUUUAAAUUAAUUAUAUUAUUUAAAAGGAGUGGAUUUAAAACACAAAGACUUAUAUUCAUCUCCUGCUGUGCAUUUUCAGUCUUUAAAAAGAAAAAAAAACAUGGGGAAAAAGUGAGUUUCACACCCAGUUCUGGUGCUCGAGAAAUUAAAAAAAAAAAAUAAAAAAUAAAAAUUAUUUUCUCUUGGCCGCCUGCAAAUCCAAACUUUUUUUAGGGGUGCCCGACACACCUUUUUGCUUUUUUGUUUUCUAAAAAGCAGCAAGGGCGCCCCCUGGUGCUGGAAUCAGGCAGCUCACCGUGUAAUGUUUUGUAAGUAAUUGUGGAAAUUGUAUUGUGUAAUAGAUAAUCUAUAAUUUU